AUGAACGAGACCAGUGAAGAGAUAUUUCUUGAAAUAAUGCAGUUGAAGCAGACAGCCCCAGGGUUAAAGAUCUUUUUGUCACUAGGUGGCUGGACGUACUCGGAUAAUGAAACUGACACCCAACCUGUCUGGGGCGAGCUUGCCAGCACGGCUGCAAACCGACGAAAAUUCAUCGGCAAUUUGGUCAAUUUUAUGGCAAACUAUGGGUUUGAUGGUGUGGACAUAGAUUGGGAAUAUCCCGGAGCUUCUGAUCGAGGAGGAAAGAAGGCAGAUACUGCGAAUUAUGUUGCUCUUCUACAAGAUAUCAGGACAUGGUGGACCGCACAAACCAAUGGCUGGGGUCUUUCAUUCACAGCACCAACAUCAUACUGGUACAUGCGCUGGUUCGAUAUCGGAAAUCUCACGCAGUAUGCUGAUUGGGUUAAUCUGAUGACAUACGAUCUCCAUGGUAGUUGGGACUCUCCCGAAGACCAGAUCGGUUCAUAUGUCUAUGCACAUACCAAUCUCACUGAGAUUUCUGACGCGCUUGACUUACUAUGGAGAAACAAUGUGCCAGCCAACAAAGUCAAUCUUGGUCUAGGUUUCUAUGGCCGCUCAUAUACUCUGUCUGAUCCAUCAUGCACCCUGCCCGGUUGCGAAUUCUCAGACACAGGAGUGGCAGGGUCAUGCACGGGCACCGGUGGCAUUCUCUCUUAUGAAGAGAUCACUGCCAUAGCCGAUACAUAUAGUAUCAAACCGGUUGAAGACAAGAAGGCGGCCGCUAUGUAUUUUGCGUUUGACGAGGACCAGUGGGUUUCGUACGACAAUGUGGCCACGAUCAAAGAAAAGGUGGACUACGCCAAUAAAAACGGUCUUCUUGGACUGUUCAUAUGGGCUCUAGAUCUGGACAACGACAACUACGACGCUCUUGCAGCAGUUCUUGAUGCAAAAGGUGGUCUUGGUGCAUUUAAAGCCCAGAAUGGGGUUGGACCUGCUGGCUCAACAGACUGGCAGCCAACUCAAGCAUCCUGCUUCAUGAGCGAAUGUAGCACCUCGUCUGCUUGUCCAGGAACUCACCGAAGCGUUGGGCAUUCCGUACAAUGCGACGGUAAAGAUUCCUUUAGAUGGGUCUGUUGCCCGCGUGACCGCGCACCCGAUAGCAGCACAUGCGAGUGGAAGUCUUCCGUUACUUCGUUCCUCGGACUGAGCUUGGUCGACUGCAACAACGGCUGUCUUACGGAUGAGGUGCUUAUUGCUGAAAGCAAGUGGUACUAUGACGAUGAUUCUCAAUCCAGCAAGAAGUGCCUCAGCGGAUAUGCGCAAUAUUGCUGUGCCACAUCUGAAGAUGCCCGUAGCCUCUGUGGCAUGCUGGAUGGGACGUGUAUUUCCAUAAAAGACGGCCAGCCUGAUGGGGAUGAUCCUUGCGCUGAUAGCGGCCGUGUUUAUGCGACAUACUCGCAGGAUACAUGUCCUGAUGGCUCAUGGCGUCCAUGGUGCUGUAACAAACAGGUUGAUGUAUCGCAAUGCGACUGGCAAGGCCCGAAGCAAGACAUAGCCAGCGAUGCUUGUAUCCGGGCCAUGUCUUGUCCAGCGAACCUGGUCAACAUGGGCCACUCUAAGAAUGGCGGCGGCUACGACUGCACGGAAUGGAGUAUAGCAACAGAUCACAGUAUAUCGAUGCCAAUCGGAAGCCAUGAGAGAGCGCUGUGUUGUGCAGCAGGAGAUGUUGUGGUCUACAAUCAGACGGCUCCGGUGCCUCUGGCGUGGCUGUUCAUCGAAGACGUUCCAGAUUCUGACAAGCAGAAAUACGAGAUGAAUGUCGAGACUGAAGCUACCGGAAACCAAGAUCCCAACGAAAAUGGGUUUGGUUGGGUCAUAAUGACUGGUCCUGAGGAUCAGCUUGCUUCGUUGGAUAAGCGGGAUGGCUCUCAUUGGGAGCUCUUUGACUGCCCUGAUCGGGAGACUAUCGCUGAGGAUGACAGAAUCACUGUUCGUGCCGUCUGUUCAGAUGAUUCCAGCGACAGUAACUGCGAUGUUAUUUUCCGAGGCGGUGUCGAACGCACUGUAGUCGAGAUGCCUCCAGCGUGUGGUAUUGGUCGUUAUGCCAUGGCUGUCAGCAUGGAAUCAGCUGAAGAUCAGACGGUGCCGAAACAUGUCUAUCACAAGCUCGUCAAACGCGGUGCCAACUUGAGAGCACGUCCACACGUAUACAGCUUCACGUUCGACUAUGAUUUCUCAGUCUUACACGGAAGAGCCGAUAACACUGUCCAAGUUCGCAUUGACUACUCUGAAGAUCCGGGAUAUUGGGCGGCCAUUGUGGACAAUGAUCCUAAAAACACCAACCCGGUGAGGAAACGAGAAAUAGCAAGGGAAGUUGAUCGCCGCCAUGGCGGGUCUUGGAAGAGAUACGCUGAACAUUACUUUCACACUGAAAGAAUGGCUACACCGAAACACAAAAGGGAUGAGUUUGAAAAGCGGUGGUGGACUCUAGACCCGGCAAUUUGGCUGGAGGUUAUGGAUAAACUGAACGAAAAGGGAUUCGAGGGAGAGAUACCACUCGCAUCGCAUCAUCUUCAGGACACAUUUCCGUUUUGGCUCUUCAACGAAAGACUACAAUGUUCGCUGCUCGGCAUCCCUUACGAUGCUUACUUUACUGUUUGGGCGGAUCUACACGUCGACAUUCUCACAUCGGCUCAACUAACACUAAUUGGCCACCUUAAUGAUCUCACUAGCUGGAACCAAUCGCACGUUUUGUUUCGCAACAAGGGCUCUAUACAAGCAGGCUUGCAUAUGGAAGCCCAGGCGACCGUGCGCUUCUCAACUGGAUCAGUUGAGCUGUUUGGUAUGCAAAACUUUGGAGGCACGUUCACCGUGCCCGGUAUAGUGACCAUUGGGCCAAACUUUAGAGUGCUUGGACAACUGACCGGAGUCUUUACCGCACAUACCCAAGCUCAUUACAACAUGGACGUACUAUCCUGGGAUUAUUCACAGCGCUAUCCUAAUCCCGAUAAUGACGUUUUAUCUGGGCUUACUGACAACACAGAAAACCCCAAAGACCCUGGGAUAGAUGAUGACCCCGACAAGCCGAGCAAUUUCACCGCGGACGUUACUGUAAAUGGUGACAUUACCCUCCAAAUAACUCCGUUGGUGGAAUUUGGAGUCCGCUUCAACCCCAAGUACAAAGCCACCGACACAACAAUUUCGCUGCAGCUCAACACUCAUGCGACACUUUACGGAAGUGCCGGUGUUGGCACGGACACUGAAGCAAGUGUUUGUUAUGGUGCUCUCGCUGGUGCUGAGCUCUUUGCUCAAGUCCAAGCUCCAUCCAUUCUGGGCGUCAAUCCGAAUAGGCGAUGGAGUUUCUAUAAGCAAAAUGCAAGUUCAUCGAACAAGACACUUUACAAUAGACAACUAUUUGCUGACACAUUAUCUUUAAAGGUCGACAUCCUCGAACAGAAAUGCUAUGGGCUGAAAGAUUUCUUCCCUUCUGACUGUCCAGACUGUGAAUGA